CAUCUGCCAACAAUACUCCUCCACUUUUUCUCACUCAAAAGAUCCUUUUCUACGCCGGCGACAACCGCCACCUCUCAUCGGAAAAUUCAUAUCAAUGGAAGCUACUGGUAUCAAAUUGUUUGGGAAGAAUAUAGCGUAUCAAGACAGGGGGAGGAUUACUACUAAUCUUCCAGUCUUCUCCACCGCCACCGCCACCGCCACCGCCACCGCCACCGCCGCAGAGUCUAGUGAUGGUAGUUAUGGUGAACACGGUUGUUUUAAGCAUGGUCAUGGUUUGAGGAGGGAAGAGACUUGUUUGAAAGAAGAGGAUUCAAAAAGAGAACACUCAGACAAGGAUCAAAUAAGAGAAAAGAAACAAGAAAACAAGUCUUCUCCAAAGGCAGUCGUUGCAGAGUCAGAUGGCAACCCUAAAACUCCUAUUACUGAAGAUACAGAUACUUCAAAGACUGAAACCCUAAACAACGCAACGAAUUUGCAAUCAGAAGACCUGAAAAAGCCGGAUAAGACCAUCCCAUGUCCUCGGUGUAAUAGCAUGGACACAAAAUUCUGUUACUACAACAAUUACAAUGUCAAGCAGCCCCGCCAUUUUUGCAAGAGCUGCCAGAGGUACUGGACAGCCGGAGGCACCAUGAGGAGCAUGCCGGUGGGAGCAGGUCGCCGGAAAAACAAGAAUCCGACAUCUCAUUAUGGUUUUGUAACUAUCUCCAAAGCAGCUCAGAUUGAAGUUACUGCUUCUAAUGGAGUUCAUGGUGUUCCCUCCAAAGUCAUUUCUUUUGGCUCAGUUUCGCCUCAUGUAGAUAGUGUCCGUGCAAGUGCAGUUUCUUGUAGAGAGAGAGAAAACGGAGACGAUUGCUCCAGUGGAUCUAGUGUGACAACUUCUAAUUCAGUAACCGAGAAAAUGCAGGAUAGAAAUGGAUUCCAUUCUCAUCUACCUUGUAUUCCAGGGGUUUCUUGGUCUUAUAAUCCUUGGAAUUCUGCCAUUCCGAUUCCAGGCGUUUGCCCUACAGGAUACUCUCCAAUGUCUAUGCCUUUCUACCCUUCACCCUAUUGGAACUAUAUUCCUUGGUUACCCCCAUCAUCACAUACACAAAACCAAAAUGUACAAUCCGCCACUGAUCUAAACUCGUUUAUCUUAGGAAAGCAUUCAAGAGAUGGGGAAUUGAUAAACCCAAAUGGUUCUGAAGAGCCAAAGAAACAGAAAAGUUCAAUUUUGAUUCCAAAAACUCUUAGAAUUGAUGAUCCUGAUGAAGCUGCAAAAAGCUCUAUAUGGUCGACACUUGGAAUCAAGAAUGAGAACUUCGGACCACGAGGGGUUUUUAAGGCCUUCCAAACGAAGGACGAAGAAACCAAACAACACCCCGCCAGUACUACUUCUCCAGUUUUACAUGUCAAUCCUGCUGCUUUGUCUAGGUCACUCUGCUUUCAAGAAAGAGCCUAAAAAGGCUCCCUUCUCUUGAGCCAAGCACUUAAUUCCUCAGAGUUUUGUACAGAUUAUAAAGGUUCGAUUUCUCUGUUUUGAGAUAGGUGUUCUUUGUAACAUUAUUAUCAUAUAGUUUUAGAUGUUCCAAUUAUCUUGAUUUUUGCUAUGUUUAAUACAAGUUCUUUUUCCUGAGAAGUGAUUGUUCUCCAACUUCUAUGAUGAUAUGAACAGCAACAAUAACAGGUUCU